AAAAAAAAAAAAAAAGAACCCAACACAAAACUUUUAUUGCUCUUCUGGGUUUAAUGUGUAAAUGGUGGUCUGAGACUUUUGAGUAUCAAUCUAUAGCUGUUGUUGUUCAACACUUGAUAUAUUCUCUGCAUAGCCAUAGGUGAGUGAGAGCUACUAAACUUUUCAACUCCUCUUUCUUCUUCAUAGAUAUAUAGUUUUUUUUCCCUUUUAUGGAAGCUUGGGUUUUUGCUUCAAAAAUCAAAGUCAUGGAUCAGAAAACAUGGCUUUGGAGGAAAAAAUCUUCUUUGAAGCGAAUUGAUGAAGAGGUACAAAUGCCUGAUAGUGGACGAGAUAGAAUUGUGAAAAAUCUAAAUGAAAAGCUUGCUUCAGUUCUCCUUGACUGUCAUGCUAAGGAGGAUGUGGUGACAGAAAAUGUGCAAAUGAUACAAGAAUCCAAUGCAGGUAGGGAGAAGGCAGAAGAAGCUGAUGUAACCCUUUUAAAGGAAGGGAUUGAUGAAGCUUUGAGGCAGGGAAAAAUGGCAGAUGAAAAGUUAGCUCACUCAGAUGCUGCCAUGAAGGCAUCGAGUGAGUUCGAGAGAGCAACAAAUGAAUUACAAGACAAGCUGACAGAGACAAACAGGAGGGUCGAAGAGUUGAUCAUUGAGAACUCUCGUCUGAGUAGGGCCCUAGUGGUGAAAGAAAAAUUAAUUGAAGAUCAGCGGAAGCACAAGUCUCGGGCGGAUGCGGAAUUCACUGCACUAAUGGCUAGAUUAGAUGUCAUUGAAAAGGAGAACGCGUUUCUGAAAUAUGAGUUUCAUGUUGUCAAGAAGGAGCUUGAGAUCAGAAACGAAGAGAUGGAAUACAAUCGUAGAUUAGCUGAUUUAGCUCAUAAGCAACAUUUGGACAGUGUAAAGAGGAUAACCAAGUUGGAAGCUGAAUGCCAGAAAUUACUUAUUGUGGAAGAAGAGAACAUGGUUCUUAAGGCAAUAAUGAUCCAUUCAUCGAACUUAGCACGUUCUCAAACAUCAUCCAGGCCGACUGAGGUUGAGAUCCCGUCCAUGGAGCUGGUAAGGAGUAGUCAAAUAUCAAGUGAACUAUCUGUAACAUCAGGUUUUGAUAUUGGAAGUAUUGAUGGAAACAGCUCUUAUUGUUCAUGGACUAAUGGUUUGGUUUCGGAAUCUGAAGUGACUGUACAGAGGAGAGUUAAGAAUCAGAUGCAGCAUAACGUCAUUACGGUUCCAGAAAUGAGAUUAAUGGAUGAUUUUGAAGAGAUGGAAAAAUUAGCCUUAGUUUCUGGAGAUGGAUAUAAUCAAGUGUCUGAUCACUGUGGCUUCAGCAACACAAAAGGGAUGAACUCAAGAGAUAUGGUAGCUGAAGGAUCCUCUGAUUGGCUUCAGGUUGUUUUGCAUGCCAUCUUCGAGCACAAACGUGUUUCAGACCGAAGUUUAGAUGAAAUUCUCGAGGACAUUGAAAUCACUUUGUCUACUUUUAAUAAACCAGCAUGUUCAAUGCAUACCAUAGAAUCUGAUACUCUUGAUGUCAAUCGCUACAUUGCCUGGAAAUCUCUGAACACAUCUCCGACUGCAGGUGCGGUAUGCGGUGCCUCUAGUGUUGAGACCUUGACCGGAACAACAAAGAAGCAACACUGUCAUUCUAAUCUGAGAAAGUCAAUCUGUAAAAUCAUUGAGUUGAUUGAAGGAACUGCUCUAACAUCUUACAAUACCUCAAGUAGUUCCAGAAAUCAAACUCCCAAACAAUUAGCAGGUCAUGAAGAGUACUUUGUCCGCGUUUUUCAAUGCCAAAGUUCUGAAUUAGAAACUGUUUUAGAACAGUUUCUUUGUACAUGUGAUGAUCUGUUGAAUCAAAGGGCUGAUCUUGAAAAUUUUGCUGAAGAACUCUCAUUUGCUUUAGACUGGAUUGUGAACAAUUGUGUUACUCCUAAGGAAGCUUCAAGUGCAGGGAAUGAGAUCAAAAGGCAUUUUGGUUGCAAUAUUUGGUGUAGCCUGGAAGAAGAAAACAAGAGAUUAAAAUCUGAUUUGAAGAAUAUGGAAGCCAGGCUCGAGUCAGAAACUCGCAAGAGUGAGGCCUUGACGUUACAACUUCGUGAAUCAGACGAAAGCAUUGGAAGCUUACAAGCAGAACUUAAGAAGCUAAAAGAAUCAAACGAUAUGAUGGAGGAUCAGGUUGAAAAUCAGAAAUCAAUAAAUGAAGAUCUCGAAACCCAAAUCACAGUUUCCAAAGCUAAACUGAACGAAACCUUCCAGAAAUGUUCUUCUUUGGAAGUCGAGUUGGAGUACAAAAAUAACUGUUGUGAGGAGCUAGAAGAGGCAUGUUUUGAGCUUCAACUCCAGUUAGAGAGUGUGGCAAAGAAAGAAACACCGAAAUAUGUCACGCAUCAAGAGGGCAAGCAAUCUCAAAAUGGUUGGGAAAUUACUGCAGCUUCAGUCAAGUUAGCAGAGUGCCAAGAAACAAUUAUGAACAUAGGUAAGCAACUAAAGGUGUUGGCCUCACCGCAUGAUGCAGCUCUCCUUCACAGGGUUUUCUCCAACAAGGGUGGGGGUGCUGCUGCCACCACUGUAAUAAACAAUAGAAGGGUGAACAAACGCUUCUCCUUGCGCGAUCAAAUGCUGGCUGAUGGUGGUGCUAAAGAAGAAGGGCUCCAGUCUCCCAAUAUCCAAGGAACUUUAUACAUCCAUGAAGUAGGGAAUUCCUCCUUUCCACAACCCAAUAACUGCAACAACAUGCAAGCUUCAGGUUUGCUGUUAAAGGCAUCAGAAGCAUAUCUUGGUUCCAAGAAUGAAAGUGGAAAUGCUGGAAUUAUGGCUUUGGCAAUAGUGCCAAGCAAGAAGCAAGGAUUUGGUUUCCUAAGGAGGCUGCUUUUUGGAAAGAAGAAAGGUCACAAUAAGAAAUCUUGUCACCAAGAGACUGAGCAGUGACCGAGAAACCGCGAAGAAGGCUGGGACCAAAUUCCCUGGUAAUAAGGAGUGGAGACACGGUUUUUUGUAGUUUUCGGCUUUUGUAGUGUGGCGAGUGGUUUCUUGUUUGAUUUUUUCCACCUAAAUUACCGAGUGUGGCGAGAUAUAAAUAUAUAGCAUCCAAGAGUGGCAUAUGUA